AUGGCAACGACCACAACACUGUUCCGAGUGUUCUUGCGCCGCCAAACACCCGGAGCCCAAGGACUGCGAAAUCGCUUGGCACAGCACCAACAGCGCCGCGCCAACUCCAGCUCCGAAGCACCCAAGCCGAAGAGAGCAGAAGAUCCUAUUCCCGUGCCAAACACCAUCACGACCAUUCCGUUAUGGCAGCGUCUCGGGCCCUUGACCCGCGCCGGAGAUGGCUAUGCCCGAGCCCAGCGCAAAAGGCCUCUGACGACGCAGUUCAUCAGCUCCUUGGUCAUCUAUUUUUGCGCCGACCUCUCGGCCCAGAACAUGAGCGGCAACGACUACAAUCCGGAGCGAACGAUGCGCUCCUUGAUCAUUGGCGCCAUUUCCUCUAUUCCCAGUUAUAAGUGGUUCAUCUUCCUCUCCCAGAACUUCAACUACGCCUCGCGGCUCCUCUCGCUGGCUACAAAGGUCGUGGUGAAUCAGGUGUGCUUCACGCCCAUAUUCAACUCGUACUUCUUCGGCAUGCAGGCGUUCCUGGCUGGCGACAACUUCGACCAAAUCAUCGACCGUAUCCGACAAUGUGUGCCCGUGAGCAUCGUCAACUCGUGCAAGCUGUGGCCUGCCGUGACGGCCUUCAGCUUCUCUUUCAUCCCGAUGGAAUAUCGCAGCGUCUUCUCGGGCGUUAUUGCAGUCGGGUGGCAGACCUAUCUGAGUUUCCUAAACAGACAGGCCGAAGUCGUCGAGGAGGCAGAGGAAAUCCAAGAGAGAUCGCAUGCGGUGCCGGCCAUCGCUUCUCAUGAGAGUUCGGUAAAGAUGGAGGCUUGA